GUUUCCGAAGAAACAGCUCCCAGGCAAAGAGAGUGGAGACCCCAGAUUUAUCGGAAAUGCACGGACACAGCUUGGUUACUCCUCUUCUUUCUCUUUUGGACUGGCUUGGUGUUCAUCAUGGGCUACGCGGUGGUGGCUGGAGCCGCAGGGCGACUCCUCUUCGGCUAUGACAGCUAUGGCAACGUGUGUGGCAAGAAGAACUCCCCAGUGGAAGGGGCCCCUCUGUCCGGACAGGACAUGACUCUCAAAACACACAUGUUCUUUAUGAAUUCCUGCAACCCAGAAAUCAAAGAUAUGAGGCUCGGUUCCACUACCCUGUGUGUGUCCAGCUGUCCUGAAGAGCAGCUCAGCACCUUGGAAGAAAUCCAGCUCUUUGCAGACACCAAUGGGUCUUUCCUGUGUGUCUAUAGUCUGAAUUCCUUCAACUACACACAGAGUCCAAAUGCAGGCUCAUUGUGUCCCAGGCUACCAGUUCCUCCAAGCAAGUCUUUUCCCUUGUUUAACCGGUGCAUCCCUCAAACACCUGAGUGCUAUUCACUGUUUGCAUCUGUUUUGAUAAAUGAUGUUGACAUGCUCCAUCAAAUUCUACGUGGAAUCAUGUCAGGAAGAGACACCAUCCUUGGCCUGUGUAUCCUUGCAUUAGCCUUGUCUUUGGCUAUGAUGUUCAUCUUCCGAUUCAUCACCACUCUUCUGGUUCACAUUAUCAUUUCAUUGGUUAUUUUGGGAUUGUUCUUUGUCUGCGGUGUCUUAUGGUGGCUGUAUUAUGACUAUACCAUUGACCUCAGCAUAGAAUUGGACACAGAAAGGGAAAAUAUGAAGUCUGUGCUGGGGUUUGCUAUUGUGUCUACAAUUAUCACGGCAAUUCUGCUCGUCUUGAUUUUUGUCCUCAGAAAGCAGAUAAAGUUGACAGUUGAGCUCUUCAAAGUCACGAACAAAGCAGUUAGCAGCUCUCCUUUCCUGCUGUUGCAGCCAGUGUGGACGUUUGCCAUCCUCAUUUUCUUCUGGGUCCUCUGGGUGGCUGUGCUGCUGAGCCUAGGAACUGCUGGCAGUGCCCAGGUUAUUGAAGGUGGCCGAGUGGAAUUUACCCCUCUUCUGGGCAUUCGCUAUUUGUGGUGGUACCAUUUGAUUGGCCUCAUCUGGACUAGCGAAUUCAUCCUUGCAUGCCAGCAAAUGACGAUAGCCGGGGUGGUGGUGAGCUGGUAUUUCAACAGAAAUAAAAAUGAUCCUUCUGACCAUCCAAUCCUUUCAUCUCUCUCCACUCUUCUCUGUUACCAUCAAGGAACAGUGGUGAAAGGGUCAUUUUUUAUCCCUUUGGUGAGGAUUCCAAGAGUCAUUCUCAUGUACAUUUAUGACACACUGAAAGACAAGCAGCACAGUGCGUGCUCCAGAGGUGCGUUCAGAUGCUGCUGCUGCUGUUUCUCAUAUCUUGCCAGACACUUGUAUCAUCUUAACCAGAAUGCAUAUACUGCAACUGCCAUUAAUGGGACAGCUUUGUGCACAUCAACAAAAGAUUCACUCAAAAUCUUGUCCAGGAAUUCAAAUCAUUUUACUUCAGUUAACUGCUUUGGAGACUUUGUAAUUUUUCUGGGAAAGGUGCUGGUGGUGUACUUCACUGUGUUUGGAGGGCUGAUGGCAUUUAACUACAACCGCACACUGCAGGUGUGGGCAAUCCCUCUGUUACUAGUGGCCUUUUUUGCCUGCUUAGUAGCUCACAGUUUUUUAUCUGUGUUUGAAACGGUGCUGGAUGCACUUUUCCUGUGUUUUGCUGUUGAUAUGGAAACAAACGAUGGAUCAUCACAAAAGCCCUACUUUAUGGACCAAGAGUUUUCGAGUUUUGUAAAAAAGAUCAACAAAUCCAACAAUGCAGGGGCAGAGAGAGACAAAGACUCAUUAAGGAACGAAGAGGGAACAGAGCUCCGGCCCAUCGUGAGAUAGGCACUCGUCGGACGUUUGUGCCGAGAGUGACCGUCAGAGCCACUAGCAGAAGACCUGGUCCUCAUUGUUUUUGCCACUGUGUCAAAAUACUGAAACCAUAAAAGUUUAGUCAUUUUCCUAAGACAUAAAUAUUGAAAACCGUAUUUAUAUGGAUCAAUUUAAGAAGCUUGGUAGGUAAAAACCUAUCCAAGUUUGUGAAGGUCUGACCAGUAAAUCUUUUUUUAAAAAGGCUUUUGUUAGCAGAAAUCUCUGGAACACUUCUCAUACAGGACAGGGAUUUUUAUUCAUUCAAAUCUUGCAACUAUGCUAAAUAUACUGACUUUUCAGAGUACAAUUCUUAAAUUUAGUGACAUAAAACCUGAAUGUUCGAGCUCUUAUUUGGAGUUGGGCCUAUGUAGGAGACAGACUGAACCUUAACUCUAUGAGACUUAGCUGGCUGAAAGCAAGAUGCACCCUUACAAAUGGGCAAGCACAGCCACAGCAACAGCCACACCUGAGAGCUGCCUGCAAGACUUUUGAGAAUAUUUUUAUCGGGGCCUACCCAAGACUUAGAUAGUGGGGAGAGGGGACUUUUCCUCUUUAAAACUGUAGCCAGACAGGUGCCUGGAUAGUAUUUCCCACCCCACUAACAGGAGACUCAAGCUGACUUCCGGGGGCGGGAGGGGGGCGCCUGUGUGAUGUUAGGCUUCCUUCCCUUUCCUAAAUGCUUGUUCAGAGAUGACAAGAAACAGCCUAAUAGCUCAGGUCUGCUUUAAAUGCAAAUUCUUCCUUGAACAGUACCACUGAAUUAGCUGAGCUCGUUAGUCUCCUACAAGAAAGGGAUUUACAGCGCAUUACACUGAGUCAGUACAAUGAUAAGUAAACCGCUUUUGUGAAUUCAUCAAACCAGAUAUCUACUCCCUCCUUACUGGCCUUACCAAAAAACAGGCAACUUUUCACCCCCAAGCCCAACAGGGCCAAUUCUAGCAAAAGAAAUCACUUGGUUUGCACAAUGUCUAUUAAGUCACUACCAAUUUUCUCUGGUGACUACUCUUCUCAACACUUAGCUGUAGUUUGACCACCUCUCACAACUGGCAAACUUUUGGCAUACAUGUUGUUUUUCUUUAAAGAUAAAAAGAUGCUAAUGUAUGAGUUGUUUUUUCUAAAAUAAAACCUCAGUCUAUUCAGGUUUAAUUGGCAGUGUUGCCACUUUGCAGUAAAUAAAUGGGCUUUGGGUUUCACUUUGGGCACUAGUCUCUAAAAGGUUCGCCAUCAUUGGUUUAGGUAUAACUGUAACCCUAACCUUAUCAAACAGCAAAUCUGCUUCUGACCCAGUAUAUUUAUUUAUAUUUAUCCUACGGUAUGUACAUAAAAUCCCACCACACAUAUACACUCCCACAAUUAUUCCUGAAGAUGUUUAUUCCAAGUUGAACUUAAGAUGAAUCUGUGGCAACCAAGUUGCAGUGAAAUAAACACGGGUCAGAUAAUCCCCUGGCUGCCAUUUACUCUUCCUUUUUCUAAGCCUCAGUCUCCUGAAGCACAGAGCACAGUGUUGUGUAGAGAAGUAAUGUUAAAAUACCUUACCACAGUACCCAAGAAAGAGUACUUUUUUCUUACCUAAUUUACUUGGAAGCUAGCCGGGAAAGAAUCAGCCUGUGGCUCAUAUGAAUGUUCAAAAAAAUAUUUAUUUAUAAAAAAUACAAUGGGAUAAGUUUAUGCUGAGAAAUGCAGCAAUAAAUACAGUUGAAGAAAACAGAGCAACUCUACAAUGACACAUUGGCACAAACCAUUUUGCAACUGCACCACCCAGACCCGAAUGUCUGCAAGCCACUUUUUGUACAUGCUCCUUUAGAAAUGCCACUCUGAAAACAUCUUGUCAGCGUAAGAGAAUGAGUACACAUAUAAUCACAAAUGCACACUGAUCAGGACUUUAUUUAAAAAUUAGCAAACAAUACUGUAGAAACAUUGAUAUGUAAAAUUCUAAAAUGCUGCAUCUUAGGUUUAGUUGGCAAAGACCACAUUUAGCAAUAAGCAUGAGUUUAGUCUUCCAUGUAGAAACCAGAUACACUAAUCUGUAAAAAAAGAAAAUGUCCUAUUGCUUGAAAAUACCAGUUUAAGUGUAAGAUUGUAAAAAUGCAUAGAUCUUCAAUAAAAGAACUGGCUGUACAAGAGUA